AUGCCAACUGAACUGUUUUCUCUUAUGCCAGAUGUGAACCCUGCCCUUAGUGAUUUAGAUUUGUGAAUGGAUGAAUAUUUAAACAACAACCUACAGUCUCACUUCAAAAUGUCCUUGUGUGCAUCUUCUCACAAAGACUUCUCUCAGUUGCUGCCACUUCAGGAUAUUGGAUGCAAUAAAACAGAAAUUAAAAACUCACCCGCUGGUAUUGUCUCUCCAGUUCCCUACAGCUGUAAUCAGUCCACACUGACAGCAGAACACAGUCCAGUCUAUAUUCCUUCAUCCUACAUAGAAAACAGACAUGAAUAUUCUGCAAUGACUUUCUGCAAUCCUGCUGUGAUGAAUUACAGCAUUGCCAACAGUUUUGGUGAUUCAGAGAGUGCAUCUGUGAGGCAAGCAUCAAGCCCCAGUGCAUUAUGGUCUGCUCCUGGCCAUCUCUCCCCUCUGACAUUGCACUGUCAGUCAUCACUUCUGUAUGCAGAGCAGCCAAAGAGUCCAUGGUGUGAAGCAAGAGCGAUGGAGGCAGGGCUGCCUGUGACCAGAGAAACAUUAAAAAGAAAAACUAAUAGCAAUGACUGUACAAGCCCAAUUGCAAAUAAUCCUGGCUCAAAAAGGGAUGCCCACUUCUGUGCAGUCUGCAGUGACUAUGCUUCAGGAUACCACUAUGGGGUCUGGUCAUGUGAAGGUUGCAAAGCAUUCUUUAAAAGAAGCAUUCAAGGACAUAAUGAUUACAUCUGCCCAGCCACCAAUCAAUGCACGAUAGAUAAGAACAGGCGCAAAAGCUGCCAGGCAUGCCGGCUACGGAAAUGUUAUGAAGUGGGCAUGAUGAAAUGUGGCUCAAGAAGAGAACGUUGUGGCUAUCGGAUCCUGCGUCGCCAUCGCAAUUCAGAAGAUCAGAUGCAUUGCAUUGGCAAAGCCAAGAAAUACAGUGAGGCAGCCACCCGUGUCAAAGAGAUCCUGCUCAGCACAGUCAGUCCAGAGCAGUUUGUUUUAACGCUGCUUGAAGCAGAGCCUCCGAACGUGUUGGUGAGUCGUCCCAGCAAACCAUUCACGGAGGCCUCCAUGAUGAUGUCCCUGACAAAACUGGCAGACAAAGAGCUGGUUCACAUGAUUGGUUGGGCCAAAAAAAUUCCUGGUUUUGUUGAUCUCAGCCUUUAUGACCAGGUAAGACUCCUGGAGAGCUGCUGGAUGGAAGUUUUAAUGAUUGGUUUGAUGUGGAGAUCAAUUGACCAUCCUGGGAAACUAAUUUUUGCACCAGACCUUGUGCUAGACAGGGACGAAGGGAAAUGUGUAGAGGGAAUUUUGGAGAUCUUUGAUAUGCUCCUGGCCAUGACCUCGAGGUUCCGAGAGCUGAAGCUGCAGCACAAGGAGUAUCUGUGUGUCAAGGCAAUGAUCCUCCUCAAUUCCAGCAUGUUUCCCUUGUCAGCAGAAGAACCUGAAAGCAACAGGAAACUGCAUCACCUGCUCAAUGUAGUCACAGAAGCACUGGUGUGGGUUAUUGCAAAGAGUGGAAUCCCCUCACAGCAGCAGACAACUCGUCUGGCCAAUUUGUUGAUGCUCCUCUCUCACAUCAGACAUGCAAGUAACAAGGGAAUGGAGCAUCUCCUCAGCAUGAAGUGCAAAAAUGUGGUCCCAGUGUAUGACUUGCUGUUGGAGAUGUUGAAUGCACACACUCUCCGAGGGCAAAGGAAGUCCCCACUCACACAUCCUGAGUUUGGCACAUUAGAACAAAUGGAGACUGGAAACACUCUGCGGAAUGGGGCAGCCCAGUAAUUGUGUCAAAAAUUGGAAACAUGAAGCUUCUUCAAAGGUAUGA